GUGUCAGCCCUGUCCUGGUCACACCCCACCCGGUUUCGUAAGGCUAUUUAGGAAGACAGGGGAAGCAUUAUGAAUGGCUACUACGUAGAGUCCAGAGGCUGGGGAUGGCCAAAAGGGCUUCCCACACUAAGAGGAGAGGACCUCUCCAUCCCGGCUGGCAGUUCUCCAUGUCUGAGAUGCCAUCAUUAUUAGCUGCUGCUCCAAAGACCUAAGGGAGAUGUACCCAGGAGAAGUGUAUGGUCCCAGUCUUUUCUACUGAGGCUCAAUGGCCCAGCAAAAUAUGAAAGUGAGACCUGUGCUUCUAAAGCGUAACAGUCUAGAGUCAGUGGAGUUUGUGAAACAACCUCACCAUCGCAGGAGCAAAUCCCAGCAGGUGAGAUUCAAGGAAGAUGGGACCACUAAGAAUCCAACUGGCCUAGCUGAGGUCGACAUCCAGACUCCUGAAGACUCUGCUGUGAUGGGGAAGACUCAAGCAUCCAGGCACCACCACCCCCCCACCUACUCGCUCUCUUUCCCCAGGUCCCAGAAGGCAGGGGGCUUUCGGAACAUCGCAAUCCAAACAUCCCCCAGCCUCAGGAAGCAUUUCCCAGUUUUCAAAAGGAAGAAACUCACGGCCAGUAAGUCCCUGGUAGAAAUGCCAACAGCAUCCCAAAGUGCCAUCCAGGUCAAUGGCAACCUCUCUGAACAGGACAUUGUGUCUUCUGACCUUGCCUACUUAAGGUUGGCUCAGCAUCUCGAGGAUGGCCCUCGAAGGGUCAAGGUGUCCCACCCAUUUCUCCCUAGGGUGUCCAAGGUGCAAAGCAACGGGCCUGUUAACAUAUGCUUGGAAGCAGCAACUUGGAGGUCCUUAGAGAAAGCAACAGCUGCCAUUCAGGUCCCAGAUGAUAUUUAUCAGAGCCCUUCCUGGGUAGCCAGAGAGUCCACCCUCAGCCCAGGCAGGUCGGCUGAAAUAAGUAACUCUAUACACCCUUUGGUCGACACGUGUCCAGGUGAUGGGAGAAGGGCGACUCCAGCAGAUCCAGAAAGAUCCCUUUCUUGCUUAAACGCCACCAGCGGAGCCAACCAUACACCAGGCACAGAGAAACUUACACCUGAAUUGCUUUUGCCCAAAGACAACACCGAUGACAAAGACCUUGGCCCAGUAUCAUCUCAGUCAAAGGACACAUGUGUUCCCUCAUCUCCACAGACUCAUAGCUCCCCCUCACCAGGCUCUCACAGCCAGUCAGCCCAGCCAGGAGGAACCUCAGACUGUCCUUCAUCGAGUAGCAAUCACCAGAAUCUGGUGUCACUCAAAACUAACAGUGCAUCAAAAUCUGCCCCUGGGAGUCAGGAGCAGAUAGCAAAGAACCCCACCCAGUCAGACACCCUGGAGUUUCAAAAUUGUCCAGGAAGCAAUCACUUCCCAUCCUCUCUUCCAAGGAAUGAGACCAAACUUCAGAGCAACAAGGAGAUUAGUGACAUUAAUCAGAUUCAUCUGGCACGGGGUGAACUCUGUGACCUUCAGGGCCGGCUGCAAUCUGUGGAAGAAUCUCUGCAUUCAAACCAAGAGAAAAUUAAAGUCCUUUUGAAUGUAAUUCAAGACUUGGAGAAAGCUCGAGCUCUCACUGAAGGGCGCAACUUUUAUCGAACUGGCCAAGAUCUCAACAACUGCAGUACCUGCCAGAACACGGCGUGCAUUAUAUACAGUGUAGAGUAUGAUUUUCGGCAGCAGGAAGGCAGAUUCCAUGAAGUUCUGCAGAGUCUGGAGGAAGCAGAACCAACUGAGGAGGCAUCGCCCCCACCAAAGUCCCCAGCAGAAGCCCCUGUCCCAGAAAAACAGGACUUAAGGCGGAAAACCAAGAAGGUGAAGAAGAAAUGUUUCUGGUGGAUCUGAGCUGGUUGUGACCAUCCCCCCCCCCCCCCAUAUACCUCCCUGAGAUGGGGAAUCCACUGCCCUCAAGGCCUGUUCUGCUUCUUUGCAAAGGCCCCGGGCUGUGAGCUCCUUGACCUGUGAAACAGGAGAGCCUUGGAACAGGUGCAGCCACUGCUGGACACCUGAUCACCUUCCUCGCCUGAGUGCGUGCCGCUGCUUGCUGAGGAUUUCACGGACACUAGAGUGACCACUUGCCAAGUUCCCUGUCACACAAGGCCAGGUCUCAUCCUGGUUUGCAAGUCCAAGCUCCCACCAUGAGCAAAACCCUCACUCCACCUCUAAUGCCUCCAUGAU